UUUUGUGAAAACAAACAAACUACCUAUUUUAUAAAUACUUUUGAAAACCCUAUUACAAAUUUUACUGUAACAUGGUUUGCGAUAAAUGCGAGAAGAAACUUGGUAAGGUCAUAACGCCAGAUCCAUGGAAAACCGGCGCCCGAAAUACCGUCGAAUCGGGCGGCAGAAAAGUUGGUGAAAAUAAAGCACUUACAGCCAAAAAGGCGCGAUACAAUCCUUAUACAUCGAAAUUUCACGAGUGCAAAAUAUGUCGGACAAAGGUGCACCAGGUUGGAUCCCAUUACUGUCAAGCGUGUGCAUAUAAAAAAGGAAUUUGUGCUAUGUGCGGGAAGAAAAUAUUAGAUACAAGCAAUUAUAGACAGAGUUCAACAUAGUG